AUACCGCCUCCCCUCCCCCUGCUCCGUAGUUCCCACUCAGGGACAGCCUACGUGUUUUCCUCAGGAGCUGAAGUGCGCUGUGCGUUUCCUCACACAUCUGGAGAAUAUGGACCUAACGCUUGUGUUUGAGCAUUAAAAAACACAAUCGAGUUACUUCACUGCACUUUUCCCCAUCAUCUUCAUCAUCUUAAUCAGAGCCAGCGGGAGCAGGAAGGAGAGGAAGAUGGGCUGCUGCUCGGCACGAUGCAUGUUGAUCCUCCUGUGUUCUCUGCAGUUGAUCACUGCGCUGGAGAGGCAGGUAUUUGACUUCCUCGGCUACCAAUGGGCUCCCAUCAUGAUCAACUUCUUCCACGUCAUCGUGGUCAUCCUGGGCCUGUUUGGUGUCAUCCAGUACAGGUCACGCUACGUCAUUAUGUACCUGCUGUGGAUGCUGUUGUGGGUCGGCUGGAAUGUCUUUGUUAGCUGUCUCUACUUGGAUUUGGGAGGCCUUUCAAAGGACAGUGAUAUCCUCUCCCUGGGAGUAUCGUUGCACCGCUCGUGGUGGAAGGAUAACGGGCUGAGAUGUGGGAGCGAGGGCCUUGCCUCCGCUGGGUGGCAGAACCAGCAGAACCAGCAGAACCCCGAGCUGACCACAGUGCUGAGCUGCUGGCUAGAAUACCAGUACAUAGAAGUCCUGCACUGCAUCGUCCAGCUGCUCAUAUCGCUCCCGGGAUUUGUUUAUGCCUGCUACGUCGUCAGCACUUUCUCAGAUGAAGAAGACAGCUUUAAUUUCUUUGGUGAAUUCAGUCAUCCAUCCAAACCCUCUCAGUUGUUCUUCUAGUGUAAAGACCUGCGGAUUAUAAAUAACCACACAAAUAAAGUGGUUCAGGAAAGCCGAGAAGGAACCUAGCAGAAGGGAAGACAACUUUGAAGACUGUCAUUGUGACAUUGCUUCAGCCUGGUUCUCAAAAACUCCUGUCACAGAUGCUGAACCUCACUGUGCACAAACUGUACACACUGUCCUGAGUCAAGAGGAGAAUUUCACUGUAUAAAACGUGCAGACCUAUUCAUGACAUGUUUUUUUUCUCAGGCCUAAAAUGCUGUAAAUCCAGAUUUUAAUCUACCUCUGUGUGUGUGUGUGUCAGUGUGUGUCAGUGUGUGUGAAUGAGAUAGAAACCAAUAGAUAUCAAGCACUCAAGUACAAAAGAAAAGUGUGAUUUGAAAGAUGUAAAUAAGUCACAGAUUCUUUCUGGUGUUUUGUAAAAUGUAUAAAUUAUUAAUGUGUCAUUUUAGUUAGAAAAAGUGACCAUGCAAACUUGUGUAGUGACUGAUAUAACUUAGCGAAAUAAACCACACUCACAAAACAGCUUGUAUUGCGGUGUUGCACACAUUUCUUUAUUAUUAAACAUUUAUAAGACUUUUUUUUAAGA